ACAAACUCCAAUGGAAGACUAAUUCUUGAAAUGGGGUCUUCACAAAAACAAAUGUAAUAUAGUUGGGGAGAUAGUGUAACUGAUUUUUGCUUCUGUUAAGUUGAACUCCAAUUUUCUGAGAUAUUAGUUGUGACAAAAUGGGGAAACAAGGGUCUCCUAGAGGCCGUCAAGUGGAGAACCAGGAUUUAGAUAUAUCAUUUGGGGUAAAAGAAAAUGAAUUUCGAAGUUUAGAGAUGCAAUACGGAGGUGAUCCUCUUAUAGGAAGAAGGUUAUCAGGGGGAGAUUACAAUUGGGACAAAGUUGUUUUGACCAAAGGGAUGAAAAAUGACUCUGCGAAGUUCACUCCUUGUAAAGGAGUUUAUGUUGGAAAGAGGCAAAUGUGGUGGCUGCAUAGACAUAUUAGGUCUAUUUUUUUCACAUUGUUGUUAAUGGGCUUUCUUUACCUUUUGGAUUCUCUUCUGUUCUCGAUUUUUGACCCUGUGAUGCUACAGAAUAAUUUUUCUUUACAAGGAUCAAGUAAGGCCGAGGUGGAAAUGGUACCGAGGUCAGCAAAAGAAGGUCCGGUGAAGCUGUAUGAAAGGCUACUAAAUCUGGCUGCUUCUUCUCUUGCAGAGAGGGAGUUCAAGCAAGAGUCAUCAAAGUUAUGGGAGGAGCCAUAUCCUCAGGCAUCAUCUUGGAAACCUUGUGCAGAUAAAACUAGUCCACAUGUUGUCAGGGCAGGGAAACCUAGAAACAUCACUGGUUAUAUAUUGAUCAGUGCAAACGGAGGACUAAAUCAACAAAGAGUUGCUGUCUGCAAUGCUGUUGCUGUAGCAUCUCUCCUAAAUGCCACUUUGGUCAUUCCCAAGUUUCUUUAUAGCAAUGUCUGGAAGGAUCCUAGCCAGUUUGGGGAUAUAUAUCAAGAGGACUAUUUCAUGAAUAUGUUGAAGGAUGAAGUCAAUAUCAUAAAGGAGCUCCCUCCUAAUCUGAAACUACUAGAUGUGGAAGCAGCUGGAAGCCUUAUAACUGAUGCAGAUCUUUCAAAGGAAGCUACACCUGAUGAAUACAUCAAGAAAAUACUACCCCUCCUCUUAAGCAAUCGAGUUGUUCACUUUCUAGGAUAUGGAAAUAGACUAGGCUUUGACCCGUUGCCUUAUGAACUUCAGAGACUAAGGUGCAAGUGCAACUUCCAUGCCUUGAAAUUUGUGCCAGAGAUCCAACAAAUAGGUUCUUUACUGGUUAGGCGGAUUCGGAGGUAUGAUUUUGCUAGGAGCACAUUGGAUAAGCAACUUCUUGGAAACUUAAUCCCUCAUGUUCCCUUGAGACACUAUCAUGCAGCAGAAGGCCCUUCCAAGUACCUUGCUUUGCAUUUAAGGUUUGAGAUUGAUAUGGUGGCCUACUCUAUGUGUGAGUUUGGUGGCGGAGAAACUGAGAGAAGUGAACUACAAUCUUAUCGAGAAGUCCAUUUUCCUUUACUUCUUGAGCGUCUGAAGAAAUCAAAGCCUCUUUCUCCACAGGAGCUAAGAAAGACGGGCAAAUGUCCAUUGACACCAGAAGAAGCAGGACUAGUUCUCGCUGGCCUCGGUUUCAAACAUGGAACAUACAUCUAUCUUGCUGGUUCUGACAUAUAUGGAGGUCAAUCAAGGAUGCAAGCUUUAACUACCCUCUAUCUCAACCUAGUGACCAAGGAAGAUCUUCUCACACCAAGUGAACUAGCUCCAUUUAGAAACUUUUCUUCUCAACUUGCAGCAUUAGAUUUCAUCGCGUGUGCAACAUCUGAUGUAUUUGCCAUGACAGACUCAGGAAGUCAGCUAUCAUCCCUCGUGUCGGGGUUCAGAACAUAUUAUGGUGGUGGUCAUGCUCCCACAUUGAGGCCUAGCAAGAAGAGGCUUUCUGCAAUUUUGUCAAGAAAUAAGACCAUUGGAUGGCACAGUUUCGAGGGGAAGAUAAGAAAGAUGAUUGAUGAAGGUCAGAGAGUGCAGGUGAGAGGUUUGGGUCGUAGCAUUUAUCGACACCCCAGAUGCAAAGAGUGCAUGUGCAGGCAUUAGAGGGAGGGUGGUCAUAGUUUUCCCUCAACAACUCGAAUUCAUACUCCCAACAUUGAAUUGUUUGUCCACUUUUGUAUCAUAUCCCAGGGGAAAAAGUGCAGGAGGAUAGGAAAUUAGUCCCAUGCAUACUGUGACACUAAUUUUUGGUGAAUAAAAAAGCACCUUUAUCAUUGCAACAAUUCCUUCUUACUUUUUCUGUUAUCGCAAAAAUUAGGAAG